AUGUUCCAUGAAGGAGAAGAAAGAGAGAAUGGGAGAGAUGGGUCCGGACACCAGCAAGAAGAGGAUGUGGAGGCUUUCGGAGCACACGGGAUAGAGAUAGAACUAGAAGACGAUGGGGGAGAUGCAUUGGCUCCUCCUCUAGCCGAUAAUGAUCAUCCUGAUCAACAAGGAAGGAUUGAGGACUUCGAUCCUCUGGCGAGGCUGCUUCCGAACAAGUAUGCCACAGUUUACGCCUUAGCUGCAUCUUUGACCACCAUUUCGCUAGCUUAUGUUCAACUGCUAAUGAGCGGGUUUGCGCCAUAUAUCAAGACGGACCUGGCUCCAAGCGAUUUGCUGCUUCAGCUCGUGACGGGCAUCCUUGCUGUGUUCUCAUUGCUUGGGUUGGUGUUAGCAACACUGAUUUCUGAUUAG